UUGGCAGGGUUGCCAGGUUUGUGGCAGUUUUCUGUCUUUUGGAGAGUUGAGGACACCUGUGAUCACACGUUUUCUCUUCUCCUUUUCUUCCAGACCAGACGCAGCAUCAGGAAAGAGUGUGUCUGUAAGAUGUUCUGCUCUCGGAGAGUCCUGCAGCAGUGGUGCUUCGCAGCGUUCCUGCUCUGCUCUCCUGUGCCGCACUACGGAAGGCCCAUCGAUGCCCUGAGCAGCAGAAUGAAACGCUCUGUGACCCACGCUCAGCUGAUGCAUGACAAAGGACGAACGUUGCAGGACUUCAAGCGUCGCAUGUGGCUGCAAGAGCUGCUGGACGAGGUCCACACAGCGGAAAUACGUGACCUGCCCACCCGGACGGUGGGCAGCAGCGGUGCCGGGGUCGGCCUCCCUGGGCCGCCGGGAGGAACCAAGAACCUGCCCAUCAGCUUCGGACUAGAAGAGGAGGAGGGCACCAAUUUGCCCCAGGAAACCAACAAGUCACAGACGUACAAAGACGGGGCUCUUAAAACAUCUGGCAAGAAGAAGAAGAAAGGGAGAUCCGGCAAGAGGCGUGAGGGCGAGAAAAGGAAAAGGCGGGCACGCUCGUUGGGAUGGCUGCUGGAAAACGAGGCCGGCAGCGGCCUCCACCUGGAGCGGUGGCCUCUCUCCAGUCUGAAGAGGAAACUUACUCACUAAAAAACACUGUCAGUCUCUGACAAAGAAACCCAAGGAUAAUUCAAGUGGACACCUAAACAGUCAUUCUACAGUCUUGUGUAAUAAUGAUCGUUUGGAAAGAAAUAGGGAAAUAUUUAUUAUCUGUAAAUAUUCUAAAUACAACAGAUUAGUGAUGAUGAUAACAAUAAAAGUAUGAUAGAACAUUAUUUGAUGCUCUGUGGGGCAACAGAUUUAAAAUCAUUGUGAAUCCUUGCAUUUUUUUAACUAUUCCAAUCACAAAUGUCAGAUUUGCGGUAAUUUAUUUUGUUUGAAUGGUGUAUUUAUUUUUUAAAUAUAUCAAGGUGCUGCUGACCUUCUAUAUUUUUGUACCAUAAUGCACUUUAGAUAUAUAAAAAUUAUAUUAUAUAUAAACCAGUAAUUUUGUUAAUUGACAUUUUAUGUGGUUGAUUGAAAUGAAGAAAUUAAUGGUCAUCUUUCUGUGUUACUUCUCAGUUUGACUUGAUCUUGUAAGAUCAGUCUUCUCUGCCGUCCAUUUCCCUUUCUUUUGCUGCUCUUAAGGAUUUUCCUGUUGUCCUCCACCCUCCAUCAACCUGACACUCAAUGACGCCAUUAGCUCAGUGUACAUGAUGGCUGUUGGAUGGCCAGCCCCUCUUACAACCAGCUGCCUUCGGUGUUUUGUCUCUUCAUGGCCUGCUAUGCUUCUGGAAUGCCAAAGUUCACUUUGUACAGAAACUGAACACGUAAUAGCUCGAUGUUGUUGUUUGGCACUUGC